AUGUCCAAAGUGGCCAAAUAUCGGCGACAAGUUAGUGAAGAUCCAGAUAUUGACAGUUUGUUGUCUACUCUGUCUCCAGAGGAGAUGGAAGAGCUGGAAAAGGAGCUGGAUGUGGUGGAUCCAGAUGGAAGCAUCCCUCUGGAGCUCAGUCAGAAAAACCAAACAGAAAAUUCCCCACCUGGCCCGCAAAACUGCGACACAAUGCUCAAUCACUGCGAAAAGGAGACCAGGAAACUUAUUCAGAGGGAACACUCAGUAGACGAAAGCAGAUCAAGUGAGAAGAAUAAGGGAGCCAAGAAUGAAGAAGAAAAGGGAAAGGAAGCUCCUUCCAAAGACCUGGCCCGAAAACGAGAUACAAAAGUGGGGAAAGACUCUAAAAAGGAAGAAAGUGGUCAGAAAACAGACCAAAAAGUUAAAGCUGAGGCUGAGACCAAGACCAAAGAGGAGAAGGCUAUCAACGACAAAGUCAAGGCCAUGGAGAAAAAGCUGAUGGGGAAGGGCAAAAAGGAGGAAGAGAAGGGCUCAGCGUUGAAGAAGGACGAAGAAGAGAAGGGCUCAGCAGCAAAGAAGGAGACAGGGAAGGACAAAAAGGAAGAAGAAAAGGGUUCUGUGUUGAAGAAGGGCACAGGAAAGGACAAAAAGGAAGAAGAGAAGAGUUCAGGAUCAAAGAAAGAGGCAGAAAAAGACACAAAAGGAGAAGAUAAGAAAGAAAAAGAUAAAAAACAAGAGGAAAAGGGCUCAGCUUUGAAAAAAUCAAAGGCAGAUGAGAAGGAGAAAGCCCAGCCAGAGGCAGAAAAGGCAGCAGAGGAGAAACAGGAGGCCAAGGCAGCGGCCGAGAGCAGCCCCUCCAAGCCCACCACCGGCAGCUCCCCGGAUCAGGCCAAGGAUGACGAAGCCUCCAGCAUUUUCGAUGAGCUCAUCGAGAAGGUGAAGAACAACGAUGCCGAGGUCACUGAAGUGAACGUGAACAACUCGGACUGCAUCAACAACGAGACCCUGGUGCGCUUCACCGAGGCCUUGGAGUUCAACACUGUGGUCAAGCUGUUUGCCUUGGCCAACACCCGUGCGGACGACCACGUGGCCUUCGCCAUCGCCAUCAUGCUGAAGUCCAACAAGGUGCUGACGAGCAUCAACCUGGACUCCAACCACAUCACAGGCAAGGGCAUCCUGGCCAUUUUCCGGGCACUGCUGCAGAACAACACGCUGACGGAGCUGCGUUUCCACAACCAGCGGCACAUCUGUGGGGGGAAGACGGAGAUGGAGAUCGCCAAGCUCCUGAAAGAAAACACCACGCUUCUGAAGCUGGGCUACCACUUCGAGCUGGCCGGACCACGCAUGACAGUCACCAACUUGCUGAGCCGAAACAUGGACAAACAGAGGCAGAAACGCCUCCAGGAGCAGAAACUGGCACAGGAGCGUGGGGAGAAGAAAGAUCUCCUGGAGGUGCCCAAGCCUGGAGCCCUGCCGAAGGGGUCCCCCAAGCCAUCCCCGCAGCCGUCCCCCAAGGCUUCCCCCAAAAGCUCUCCCAAGAAAGGGGGGGCACCCGCCGCGCCGCCCCCGCCUCCUCCUCCGCUUGCCCCACCGCUGAUCAAUGAGAAUCUGAGGAACUCACUCUCGCCGGCCACGCAGAGGAAGUUAGGAGACCGGGCACUGCCGGUCCAGGAGAAGAACUCGCGGGACCAGCUCCUGGCGGCCAUCCGCUCCAGCAACCUCAAACAGCUCAAGAAGGUGGAGGUACCGAAGCUGCUGCAGUAG